AAAGCUUGGUUGUUAUCCACAUUAAACACAUAUGAUUGGUAAACGCUGAAACCUAACUAUGUUUACAAGACUGUGACAAGCCUGUUUAGAUCGUUUCAAAGACGUGCUGCCUAGUAAACAGAUGUUGCCUCCACAGCUUGGCAGCUUGUAGAAAGAGCACAUCCGCCGCUCCUAAAGGGGUCAGUCGCAAAAGGAGAUAUGGAGCCGGCGGAUGCAGGUGCAGGCGGAGCAUCCGCAGAGGGAAAGACCAAAGCGCCCCCCAAGCCGAGGCAGAACAAGACUCCCCUACAAAAGGAGGUGCUGGAGGCGUCUUAUCAACUAAAUCAGCACCCGUCCGUGGAGCAUCGCAAAGCACUGGGUGACCGCAUCGGGCUGACAGAGCAGGAGGUCCAGGCAUGGUUCACCAACCGUCGCCGGCGUGACAAGGCGGCUGAGAAGAAGGCCGGUGCCACGACGACAUCAGCCGCCAGUGGCACACCCGGCGGCGCAGCACCCUCCGCGGCCCUCGGCGCCGCUCCCUCACUGGUGGUUGCGGUGUCCGGUGCACCGGCGGGUACCCUGCCCCAUGUGCCGCCGGCAGGGGGCACGCCCGGACCUUCCGGCACCUCCCCGGGCUCCGCCAAAGCCAAGGCUCCUCGCGCUCCCAAGGCGCCCAAGCAGUCCCCUUCCGUCCCCGCUGCCACGUCAGCAGCGGGCGUUACGCCGUCGGCCAUUCCUCCAGCACAGCCCGCCGGCCUGCCGCCAGUGCCCGGAGCACCAGCACCCGCACCCGGCGGCCCCGCCGGCCUAGCCCGGCAUGUGCCGCCGCCGCACCUCGCAGUCGCCGCCGCGGCAGGCAGCGGCAUCGCCGGCGGCGGUGGCGGCGCCGCAAGCAGCGGAGCCGGCAGCCGACAGGAAGCCGAGGAAGAAACAGAGGAGGGCGACGACGAGAUGAGCGACGCCGCCGCGGCUGCAUGGGAGGGCAUCCGUACACUGUGUGUGGCGGCGCGCUCCACGCUGCCGGUGCCGUACCGUGAGGACGGUCCGCCGCUGGGUUUCUUCUUCGACGAGCCGCCGAUGCCGGGGCAGCAGCUGGUGGGCGCGAGCAGCAAGCGGCGGCGCAUCGUGCUGGGUCAGGACUUGGUGGCGGAGGCGGACGAAGAGGGGGUGAAGAGCGUGCUGCUGCGAAAGCCUGGGGGAGGGAAGCCAUCGGCGCCGGGUCCGGUGGGCGUGAUGACGGUUGCGGAGCUGGAGAUGCGGCGGCGCGAGCUGCAGCAGCAGCAGCAGCUUCUGGAGGAGGGCCACGCGGAUGACCCGGAGUACAAGGGGCCCGGCGGGCGCAGGGCGGAUGACGCGGUGAAGAGGGAGCAGGAACGGCUGCGGCGGGAGCUGCUGCGGCAGCAGGAGAAGCUGGAGCGCGACCGCAAGCGCGAGGAGGACGAGCGGCACCGCGAGAUGGAGCGCAGCGAGCGAGAGCGCAAGAAGCUGGCGGACAAGCUGGAGAAGGAGCGGGCCAAGGAGGAGGCUCGCAAGCUGAAGGAGGUGGAGAAGAUGAAGAUUGCGGAGGAGCGGGAGCUGCGGCGGCUGGAGGCGGCACGGGAGAAGGAGCGCAAGGCGGAGGAGCGCCGGAGAGCAGUGGAGGAGCGGAAAAGGGAAAAGGAGACCGCUCGUGCCCUGGCCCAGCACGGCCGCCUCGUGAUGCGGCGGCGGGAGGGCGCCGGUGGGCCGCCCGACGACGAGGAGCUCGAGUACCGCCAGCUGCUCCUGGCAGCCGGCAUCGACCCGGCCACCGUGGCGGAUGCAGACGAGGAGGCCACGGAUGCAGCAGCAGCAGGCGGAGACGCAGGGACCGGAGCUGCAGCUGCAGCUGGAGGAGGAGGAGAUCAGCCCAUGGCGGAUGCCGGAGCUGCAACGCCGCCGCCGCAGCCACGCAAGCGGCCGCGGCCGGAUCUCCCACGCCCCGAGUUCCCACCUCCUUCGCUGGGCCUGGAGCCGGCUUGGCCAUCUGCGGAUGAUGAUGAGGCGGCAGCCGCUGCGGCCGGUCUGACACCAGGCGGCGGGGGGGCCCCGGAUGGGUUCAACGGCGCGGUGGGCACUGAGCUGCUGGUGGUGUGGAGCUUCCUGCGCAGCUUUGCGGACCUGUUUGGCGUGGAGGUGCCCUCGCUGGAGGGUCUGCUGGGCGCGCUGGCGGAGGGCGAGGAGAGCCGGCUGCUGGGGGAGGUGCACUGCGCGCUGCUGCGGCUGCUGCAGGCGGACAUGGAGGACGCGCAUGAUGAGCGGGAGCGGGUGGGGCGCCAAACCGGUGCGGCGCCCAACUUCAUGGACCGCUCCGUGGUGGGCUAUGCGGCGCUGCUGGAGGAGGCGUGGGCGUGGGGCUUCGAGGUGGACUCCUGGCGCGCGCACCUCAACGCGCUCACCUGGCCCGAGGUGCUGCGCCAGGUGGCGGUGGUGCUGGGCCGCGGCCGCACCCGCCCGCACGUGCGGCGGGGCGCCGGCGAGGCGGCAGGCGCCGCCAAGGGCCCGCGCAUCAAGGGCUAUGAGAACGAGGAUGUGCUGGAUGACGGCAGCACCGGUGGCACGCUCAAGCUGCGCAUGCCGGCGAGGCUGGUGCAUGGCACGGUGAAGGCGGCGGCGUGGCAGGUCCUAGCCUCCGCGGGCCCCAGCGGCCUGUCCGUGGGUGACAUGGUGCGCCGCAUCCAACGCACGGGGCUGCGUGAGAUGCGCUCCUCCAAGACGCCCGAGGCGGUGAUCGCGGGCUCGCUGGCACGCGACCUGCUGUUCAUGCGCGUGCAGCCCGCCACCUGGGC